AUGCACCUCAGCCUGACCGUCCUGAGUGCGCUGGUGUCGGCGGCCGCCGGCUCCACCCUCCAGGAGCCCUUCAUCCACGAGUCGCGGCAGGACCAACUCGCCGUGGCGUCGUCAGUGAGCGGCUCCACGCUUCAGCAGCCAUUUAUCCAUUCACUGCGGGAGGACCAGCUGGCCGUUCCGGCCGCGCCCGCCGCCAAGGUGGUGGCCGCGCCCGACCGCACCCCCGCCGCCCGCGUGCCCGCCCAGCCCUCACUCGACGAUGUCAUCGUGCUCGACGGCUCUGAGGACGAGAGCAGCCCUGCCCCGGCCCGGCCGGCCGUAGUUCCGCCGCCGUCUCCGUCGCCCGCCGCCGGCGCCGGUCUGCCCGCCUGGCUGCGGGGCGCGCUGCCCGUGCCGUCUCAGUACCCCGCCUGGCUGAGGGCCGCCGCACCCACCGUGCUCCUCCUGCAGCCCAUCUACGUACCGGUGCCCGUGUCUGAGGCGGAGGUCGCCGCCGUGCGCCGCCAGGGACUGGACUACUACGGAGCUGCCGACCCGGCCCGCCUGAGGGGUCUGAGCCGCUAGGGACGGCACGAGCCGUGUCCCCUCGGACCCGGCCCGGCUGAGGGGUCUGAGCCGCUAGAGCACGAGCCGUGUCCCCUGGGACCCGACCCGGCUGAGGGGUCUGAGCCGCUAGGGACGGGCACGCGCCGUAUCCACCUAGAGCCGUCGGAGCCAUCGUCGGCCCGGACAGAGGAGAUAAGCCCUCUUCAACAUGGUUAUUCUCAUUAGAUUUUGACGCAUGAGUUAUUUUACUUUUUUUAAUCACGUAUAAUAACUACCAUUAGUUUCCGGUUAGUGGCGUAGAUUUAACCGUUGACGACGGGCAUUUCGAGCGCAUUUCUGGAAAUAAACCUAUCGCCUA